CAGAGAGGGCCUACUUUACCAGACGAGGGAGCAGAGCUGUACAAAGGAUUUCGAAGGCCGCUUCCACUUCGAAGAGAGAUCCUCGGCACGCGGGCGUAGAGGCCGAAACCCUUGCAUCACACCUCGGAUGCUUUUCAGUUCCAGUCUGUCGAUCCUUCUGCGCAGCUUCCCUCGUCUAUUCCACUCUCCUGCAAUGAGCACCAUUACUGGUACAUUUCAACUGCAGCAGCCCCUUAACUAUCGAGGAGGUGCCCGUCACCAGCCUGUGGAUGGGGAUCACAGUGAGGAGAUUUAUGAACCAGCAACUGGCAGAGUUAUUGGGAACUUACCCUUCUCUGGUGAGAAGGAGGUAGAUCUGGCUUUAAAGAAUGCACAUGUUGCUUUUAAAAUAUGGAAUCAGAAAUCGGGCAUGGAACGGAGCAGCAUUCUGCUGGAGGCAGCCCGAAUUAUCCGGGAAAGAAGAGAAGAAAUUGCUACCAUAGAAACAAUCAACAAUGGGAAAUCCAUCUUUGAAGCUCUCGUGGACAUUGAUAUAUCUUGGCAGUGCCUGCAGUACUAUGCUGGUCUAGCUGGCUCCUUGGCAGGUCAGCAUGUCCAGCUCCCCGAGGGAUCCUUUGCUUAUACCAGAAGAGAACCUCUUGGAGUCUGUGUUGGGAUAGGGGCUUGGAACUACCCUUUUCAGAUUGCCUGCUGGAAAUCAGCCCCUGCUUUGGCCUGUGGUAAUGCCAUGGUCUUCAAGCCUUCUCCCUUCACCCCCAUUUCCAUUGUGAUGCUGGCAGAGAUCUACAAUCAGGCUGGUGUUCCCAAGGGACUUUUCAACGUGGUGCAGGGCGGAGCUGCCACAGGCCAGUUCCUGUGCCAGCACCCAGAUGUGGCCAAGGUCUCAUUCACUGGGAGUGUGCCCACAGGUGUUAAGAUUAUGGAAAUGGCAGCCAAAGGGAUCAAACCUGUUACCUUAGAGUUAGGGGGAAAGUCCCCCCUCAUCAUCUUCUCUGACUGUGUUUUGGAUAAUGCUGUGAAAGGAGCCCUCAUGGCUAACUUUCUUACCCAGGGCGAGGUUUGCUGCAAUGGUACUCGGGUGUUUGUACAACGAGCGAUCCUCCAGGCUUUCACCAAAGAAGUUGUGAAACAGACCCAGAACAUCAAAAUUGGUGACCCCCUGCUGCAAGAUACAAGGAUGGGAGCACUUAUCAACAAGGCACACCUGGAAAAGGUCUUGAGUUUUGUUAAACAAGCAAAGGAGCAGGGUGCAGAAGUGCUGUGUGGAGGGAAUGCGUUUGUGCCAAAUGACUCCAAUCUGAAAAAUGGCUUUUAUAUGUCCCCUUGUGUCUUAGGAAACUGCAAGGACAGCAUGACAUGUGUAAAAGAGGAGAUUUUUGGGCCAGUCAUGUCUAUUCUGCCCUUUGACACAGAAGAAGAGGUCCUAGAGAGAGCCAACAACACCCGUUUUGGCCUGGCAGGAGGUGUCUUCACCAGAGAUAUCCAGCGUGCCCACAGAGUAGCAGCUGGUCUCCAGGCUGGGAUGUGCUUCAUCAACAACUAUAACGUCAGUCCUGUGGAGCUUCCCUUUGGGGGAUACAAGAUGUCAGGAUUUGGCCGAGAGAAUGGCGAAGCAGCAAUUGAAUACUAUUCCCAGCUGAAGACGGUCUUUGUGGAAAUGGGCAAUGUAGAAUCAGUGUUCUAAUGGCCCUAGUCUAGCUGAUUGCUUCCAGUUAGUGUACUAUGGAGAUGCUAUGUACAACGGAAGCUGGAAGUGGUCUUUGCAGUGGCUGAUCACAUUGUUUCUGCUAGUUUGAAUUUUGUUGUUUGUCUUUCCUUUCUUCUCUUGAAAGUACAUAAUGGAAAAAAGAGAAACAGUCACUGACCAUAAGACUUUUUGCCACCAGGCCCAUAUAACUUUCUGAUACCUCUUGCCAAGUUUUCUGACUUAAGCAUAGUAGCACAGAGUCUCACCAGAAUACGGCAGCAUAUAUCUGGUUCUAGAUCUUGAGACAACGUAUCUUCCUGAUCUAUUGAACUUGGUUGUCACCUCACUACCCAGAAACAGUAACUAAACACCUGCACAAAGCAGGUUGAUUGUAUUUCUACUGCCUUUUCUAGGUAGGCUGUUUUAUACAAUGCAUUUUGAGCAAAUAAAGGUGCUGGUGUUGAGCGUUGAUUGCACAA